CGCAAUUCGCACCGAGCCGCGCGCGGAGUGAACCUGCGAUAAGCCCUGCGGUGAUCGUCGAUGUGACCUUCGCGUACGAUUAACGAGCAACACAGUGACGAUCGAUAGGUAUUUUGCGCGCCGUCGGUGCACCGACGGGAAAACACUUGAAGUUCGUUUCAGCGAGAUAAAGUUGACUUUUUCCCGAAGCAAAAUUCAUUCUCGCGAAGAAAUUUUGUAUCCCGCGAACAGAUGAUUAAAUAUAUUCUUUCUCAGUGUGGUCGAUUCAUUCGAGAUAUCUGUCAGGUGCAAUUUUAAGCUUCUCUAUCGGAGAAUAGAUUUCGGGAAGGAUCUCGUAUGACGUGCGAGUCUUUCGAGUCCCUGCGGCCUUUGAGAAAUCCUUUUUCCGUUAGAUCGGUGUAAGCGAGACGUGCAACUUCCUUGACUUUCACUCACUGCUAAUCGUACAAUGUCGUCUUGGUCGGAAGACACACUUUCGAGUAGUCAUCGAAUAUCCGAUCACUUCGAGUUACCCCCGACGCCGCCGACCCCGUCGUCUCUCCACCUGGAAGGGCAGAACGUGAGAUCGGCAACAGGUUGCGAGACAUCCUGGUACCACAGGUGGUCCUGGAGCAGCCCGUCAAAUCCUUGCGGCGGCUUCGACGUCGUGAUGGACGAGAACGCUCGUUUCCUCACUCCGCCUUACAUCGUGAAUUUCCUUCAAAGCACCGACACCAAUCAAAAUUAUCGCACCUGCAGAUGGGAGCAAUAUUCCCAGCAAUAUUCCCAGCAAGUCGCGGAGGACUGUCGCUCGAUGAUCGAUCAAUCACACGAAAAGGACAAUUCAAGAGGUCUACGCGUGUCCUCGGAGGAUCUGUCUUAUCCUGCCAAUCAGGACCGCUGCGUGACCACCACAACGAGCGCGGAAACGACGUUUCGCACUUGGCAAAUGCCUCAUUCGCAAGAUAUGAUCAUGGACUGCGAGCACGAGAGCAAAUGUCAAUCCUGGCAAGAGACGCAGCAUAAGGAGAGCUACGCGAGUUUGUUCUGCGAGGAGGAAACGCGCCCGCAAGGACGAGAGACGACGAAGAAAACUAGCGAGAAGCCGCGGAAGGAGAGAACGGCGUUCACGAAGCAACAGGUUCGACAUCUCGAGUACGAAUUCGCGCGGAGCAACUAUCUGACGCGUUUGCGGCGUUACGAGAUCGCCGUGGCGUUGGAUCUGACGGAACGUCAGGUAAAAGUGUGGUUCCAGAACAGGCGAAUGAAGUGGAAACGAACGAAAGGCGGCACGGCUAACGUGCAGGAGUGCACGACUAUCGCGUCGUGACGUAUCAAUCGCGACGAUUCAGUACACAAUAACGACUGUAUAUAACGACUCAUACGCGGAUACAAGACGUUAAACUAGUUUACCACGGUAGAAGCUUUAAAAGUUUGUGUAUACAAUAUUUAGUGUUACAGAAAGUUAAGAAAGUCGAAACCGGCAUUUGCCAUGUAGACAAAUUCUUUAUUUACGCAAAAAUAAUUGAUUAUAAAAGUACUUAAUAAAGUAAAACUACUACUAAAAUUGCGGCAUGUCGA